AGAGGAAAUUUGCUGUUGCUAGUCGCACAUCAGACAUAACAGUUUGCGUAUCCCUCUCUUCCGUAAGAGCUAGAAAAGUGGUGUCAGGACAACAAGGGGAGAAAGUCGGCACCGAGGGCCAAGAAGCUGCAACGCGCCCGCCUCUCGAGGUGCGCGGCAGCCUCCCAGUUUCGGUUUCGUGCGCUCUGACAGGUGAAUUUCGUCAGUUUACCCGGGUGAUCGCAUUUUCCAUAUCCAAGAGUUGAUAUGGCUUGUACGAAGAGCUCGCUUCAUUCUGCCGAUUACGAUUAACCCGCUGAAUUUAAAAGCUUAAAAGUUAGUUACUUGAUUUUUGUCAAUUAGCAAACUGAUAAUCACUGAUUAUCACGCAUCACGCGUAGCCUCAUGGUUGCCACCGCUCGCGGCAUGGCUCCGAAAAAACCCUCAUUUUAAAAACGAAUUUCAAAAAGGUUUUUAUAGUUUUAUUUUUCUUCAUCCGUAUAUAUAUAAAGAAUAUAUGCUCAUCCCUUUUAGUUUUUUUUUUUUUUCUCCGGCAAGAGUUGCGGCAGAGCAAGUUACUUGUAGGCUUUUCUCAUGACCUUCGAGAUUAGGCGGCGUAACCUGAUCUCGAAGGCCAUACUUUGCUGUCCCCGCAGCUGCAGUGGAGUACACGCGCGCGUGUACUGCACGUCCGACUGCUGUAUACGCAGUAUGUGUGCGCAAAUCGACCGUCGUCGCCUUGUGUCAGCGAGCAGCUUGUUUGAAAUUAAAAAUACAUCUGCUCAGUGCAUGAUGUGCGACGCCGCACGCACAAUGAGCGCAUUUGAAAUGCACGCGUGACGGUCAAUGGUCCGGAAAUGACCUUGGCGGCCGCAGAAACAUAAACAGAACAUCUGCACAAUAUCAUAAAGCAAGCGAGGUCACAGGAGGACGAAUCGCUGCCAAAAUGCUGAAUAUUUACCACGCGCAUUACGGUCGGUCUACGAAGUGUACUUUCGUGAGUGCCAUGAGUAAUGGCCAGCAGAAUGGAGACGACUCCAGGAAAAGCGAACUACUUGAAAAGCGCCCGCAUCGUGUUGCAAAAGCUUCCAGAAUGACGUGCGCCAGCCGAAGCGGAGUGUCGCGUGGUCGCUCGACCUCCCCGUGAAGCGUGAAUUGAGUGGUGUACAUGCACUUUGAGAGAAGACUUGAGAGAGCUAUUUCGAGGGGUUCUUGCGACGCGUGUGAGCGUGCUGUAGUACUACAGCGACAGUGACGAACCAGGACAAAGCGCGCGAAGCGUGAAGCGUAUUUAGAACAGGCCGCGGCGGCGUUCCUGGUGUUUUUCUCUGUCUUUACUUCAAUGCGCGUCGCCGGGUUUCAGUUUGCCGCGCGACGCCCGCUCGCCUCUCCUCAGUCCUUUUUUCCUGCAAGAAGCCUCCUUCGAGUCUCGCGCUGCUGCUGCUGCUGCUGCUGCUGCGUCGACAACACGUUCGAAUGUUUUAGUAACACUGCCGUGAAACGUCAACAAACACAGCAUCCCCUGCACUGAUGGCAACGGAAGCACGGAUUUUGCCAGCCUCGUAGUGAUUCCGCGAUCCGCGUGAUUGCGGAAGCGAUCGCCAGGAGUUCCGCGAUCGCUCAGCUGUCGGCGUCGUCGUCUGCUUCUUCUCUGGCUCGCUAUCGCCCGUGUUUGAUCUCUGUGUAAGCGCCUCGAUUUAUUUUCCAGCUCGGAAGCGCGCCGCUGCGGCUUGAUGACCAGUCCUCUUGUGAAACGCAUCUCGCAGGAAUGAAGAUGGAAGUCGAAGUGCGUGUGAUGACUCUCAACUGCUGGGGCAUUGUUGGUAUCAGCAAGCACCGGGUUGAACGCAUGACGGCCAUUGCAAAUUACCUCGCCACGACCGAGUACGACUUCGUGUUUCUCCAAGAGAUCUGGAGCCAGGAAGACUUCAAGCGAAUCCGCAGAAAGGCCAAGCACAACCUGCCAUACGGUCACUACUUCUUCAGCGGUGUCAUAGGCAGCGGCGUCUGCUUGCUCUCCAAGAGCCCCAUCGUGGACACGGGCCUACUCAAGUACAACCUGAACGGCUAUGCACACAAGAUCUUCCACGGCGACUGGUUUGGCGGCAAGGUAGUCGGCCUCUGCAAGGUCCGCCACCGGGGGCUACACAUCAACCUCUACGUCACGCAUCUCCACGCAGAGUACAACCGCAACUGUGACGUGUACCUGUCCCACCGCAUCUGCCAGUCGUUCGAGCUGAGCCAGUACGUGAAGCAUACGAGCAGCAAUUGCGACCUGGCCAUUCUGGCUGGCGACUUCAAUACAGAGCCCUUGGACACGCCGUACAACAUCAUCAUCUACAACUCCGACAUGGUGGAUACAUUUGUGGACCAGGAGAAAUUCAAUAGGGACAGUAUGUGUGUGGGUGCGACGUGCAGCCAUCCCGAUAACAAGUACACCUCGUCGUACGAGAAGACCAGCUGCCCAACAGGAAAGCGGAUCGAUUACAUCAUGUACAAGGUCGGGCGAGGUGUCAGCAUUGAAACCAAGUCGUGCACAACACCGAAGUUGAAGACCGCCUCGGGGCUCCCUUUUUCGGACCACGAGCCCGUCGAGGUGGUGUUGCGCGUCAAUAAGUCCAGCGAAUUGGCAUCUGGCGUCCUCUCGUCAACGGUGGCGACGCCGGUGUUGGGCAUCGCCAGUGUGAGCAAUGCAGCCAGUCCGGAUCGCACCAGCCUCAACUCGCAGUGCGCGCCUGGUUUGCUGGACGCUCUGCACCGUGGCCAGGAGCAGUUGCGGUUGAGCAUGGACGGCCUGCACCUGGACCGCAUCUUCUACAUCGUGGCCGCCUGCUUCAUGGCCUGCAUUCUGGCCGCCACCGUGCCCCUGCACUUGCCGCAGAUCUACCACUGGAUCCUGGUGCUGAGCCGCACGAUUGCCACGAUGCUCCUGGGCUUCUGCUUGAUCAUGGCAUUCUUCUGGACCGCCAUGGAGAAGAGCUCCUUGCUGGAGGCGCGCAAGUCCAUGCGCCUCUUGUGGAAAGCGCACUCCUCCGACGUCGACUCCAACAUGAGCGUGACGCCUGUCUCGCUCGCUUCUGUUGCCUGCGAGCCACUGCUGCAGCUCCAAGGGGACCAAAGGGUCUGACAGGACCCUCCCGUCACGGCGCCAACUUUCACGAUACAAAGCACAGUGGCAGCGUUGCACCAAGGACCAACGUUUGUGUGACUCUGAACGCUCUCCGAGUCAUGCCUUGCAUGUCACUGGCUGCUUUCCAAAGGGCACGCUGUUGUCGGUGACGGGCAUUAGGGGAGCCAACAUAAAUGCGACCCGUCAUCUUACGUUCCAUGCUGAUGUAUCGGUGGUCGCUCUACUGUAGAUAUUUAGUGUCACGACCUAGUGAACAUUCCUGUUAUUACAAAUUUGUCGGCAUUUGGAUGAGUCAUCUGGACACAAGAUGACUCGAUGAUGCCAAGUUUGGAAGCCCUUUCUGUGAUUUGCAUAACAUGCUGUAUUUUGUUGCUAAGGAGAGUGUCUAUGUGGGGCCCAGCAGCUCGGGUUUGCAAAUUUGCUCAAGCGACACUACUUUUGGGACCACAUGUUCUGACUGGUCUUUUUUAUUUCUGCGAAAUGUAUUUGGUGCAUAGCACAAUCUGGGAACGCCAGUUAAUGUGCCGAGAUUCUUAUCGCACCCCGAUCGUUUUCUGCAAAUGUACCAUGCAAGGAUCGUCACAGUCUGAUAGCGUUCAAAGGCAUGACUUGCUUGACCUUGCGUGUGUGAUGCAGGUUCUGGACCGUAUUCGGUCACCAGGGCUCAUGUAUUGUGCAACGCAUCAGCUCACUUUUGUCUCCGGGGUGACUUUAGCAUUUACAAGCAUGCCCCCCUUUACACGAUGCUCUUCGUGCUUUUUAUGACACCGUUGAUUAGCGGUGCUACACACGUCGCACCUGCACGUUACUGUGCAAGCGACUGUGUCAUUUUUGCAAACGAAGGGUGCACCACUGAAAUAGUCCUAAUGAUUUUGAUUUUUAUGAAGCAAUGGUGUCGCCCUAGCCAGCGUAUAAAAUCACCGUUGGUGUUAUGCGGUAGAAGCUGCUAGACCGUGGUCCAAAGCUUAGUCACUGAUUGUUAGCGUAGUACUUUAAAUAUUGCUCAUCAAUUUAACUAAUGGAAGGAGCCAGUGCCUGACAUGACCUUGGCGCUGUCCAUGAUAUGUAUUGUUCUUCAGCGUUAUCACUGUGCUGGGCGGGAAGUCCAGUUUGGCAGACAUCUUGAAUGACUGCUGAAUUCUCGCGGUGACUUCUUUUUUUUUUCUUGACCAACAUGCUCAAUUACAUAUCUAUAACUUAAUGCUCAUGGUGUAGAGGCAGUGGGCCCAAAUGAUCGCUUGAAACGUGUGACUAACCAUGACAAGACCACCUUUGGGUACACUGCCGAGCACAUUUUUUUCCUGUGUUGAAGAGGAAUGUUGCUCCUAAAGGUUGAAGUGAUUGUAGAUUUCCUAUUAAUUACCGAGUAGCAUUACCGUGUUUAACCAUCGGAGGGGAAUGCUUGGAACGAAGGUGACCAACCUUGCGUGGUAUACAUGCACAUUCAAUGCAUGAGCAUGCAUAUGAUAGUGAAGCCGUACUUAACUGGAAACUGCAUAACAGUAAUGAUAGAAACGCUUAUUGUGUAGUUGUAAUGCAUUGUUACACAGCUAGAAGAAGUGUGCCGGAUCGGGCAGUGGUCCUACAGUGAAUUGGUUAUGGAAACCUGUUGUCAGCCAACAAGUUGCUCAUUAAGAGGUCUACCAAUUCAGGAACCAUCAGCUUCAAAAGGCAUAGCACAGGUUUAUUUUUUUUUUUAUCAUGUGACUGAGCGUCAAAUGCAUUUUAACUUAAAUAACUGCAAAUAGCUGCACAACUUGUACCAAGGAAACUGCUGCCAUCAGCUGAAGAUCAGUUGAUUGAUCAAACCUAGUCCUUUGCAUGUUCAGUUUUGAACUAAACCUUUCAGGUGUACAGAGCAUUAAAAAAAAAAUUGAUAUGUAUACAGAUAUGUGUAUGUAGAACUGUGAGGAUUAUGAUUGGUGGCAUGCACUUCAAUGUUGUUAAUUUCAGUACGCUGCGUGAUGGGGUUUUGCUCGCGAGAUGUUAAUCAGUUUUAUGUCUGACUUCCAAAGUCUUGGAUGCUAAUAAGUUUAGUAAAAGAAACUUCCACAGUGUUUGUAUUUGUAUGUGUUUGUAUGAGCACUUGGAGGAUGCAUGAACUCGUGACAUUUUGUGAUGAAUGUGUCGACAGACCAGAGAAGAUAGUGGUUGGCACACUCUAUAGAGGUGGUGUUUCUCUCGUAGGUUCUUACAGAGGUCUAGGGAAGCGUGUGCAAGUCUGCCAGUGCCACUGUUCAGUGCUUCAAGGAGAUGGAGAGCUCCUUUUGAACAGUAGGCUCAAGGAAUGUGCAUUGACAUGUGGUUGUCCGUGCUGAAAUGCGACCAUUGUUUCUGUUCAAGAUUUUGUUGACCGAGGCGAGCAAUGGCCAACUUUGUUAGAACAGAGUUCCUAAGCCACCAAUGUAUUUCUGCUGUCGAAAGUGUGGGUACUUCUCUCUUGUAAAUGUACACUUAAGCUACGGGUUUAUUAUGGAAGUCAUUAAAGGGUUCACAAUAA